UCUCUUUGAGGUAAGCGUCGUGUAUCUGACCACGGUGGGAAUUUAGUUGUGUGUAGAAGAUCACGAUGAUCGCACUGAAUUUCCUAGUGAUUGCCUCCUUGGUCCUCCUUGUAGGACUCACCGUGGCUCAGGCUCCACCACGUAAGGCACCCACAAGGAAGCCACAAACAACAAAGUCUGCACCCCAGGAAAGCUACGACGACGAUGGCACAACGGACCAAUGCCCUGAACCAUUUGGGUUUUUUGCUGAUGCAGAGCAAUGCGACAAAUAUUACGAGUGCAAUGAUGGAGCCAUAACAGAGAAAUUGUGUCCAGACGGUAUGGUGUUCAAUGAUUUCAGCCCAGACCAAGAAAAAUGUGACCUACCCUUCAACAUUGACUGCACACAGCGUCCAAAACUACAACCCCCACAACCAACCCUCCACUGUCCUCGUCAUCAUGGAUAUUUCAGUCAUGAGGACAAGGGUGUUUGCGAUAAGUUCUACUACUGCGUCGAUGGGAAAUUCAACAUGAUCACUUGCCCAGCAGGCCUGGUCUUCAAUCCCAAAACCGGCAUCUGCACAUGGCCUGAUGAGGCACAGAAAGCUGGCUGCUCAAGCGAGGAUGUCUUCCAAUUCAGCUGCCCCAAAGUGAAUGAAUCCAUCGCCCAGACACACCCUCGGUACGCCGAUCCCGAUGACUGCCAAUACUUCUAUGUCUGCAUCAAUGGUGAGGUACCACGUCGGAAUGGAUGCAAACUCGGUCAGGUGUUUGAUGACACACAGAAACGCUGCGAGUGGGUGCGCAAGGUUCCUGAAUGUGCCGAUUGGUACAAAGAUCGCCUGACUGAUGCACAACUCGAUGAACUUGAGAACCCAAAGCCAGCAACAACAAGGGCACCCGGUUCCGUGCCCUCGAGGCGCAAGCCAAUGCGAAAGCAUAGCAGCAAACAAGUCGAACAGACUGAACAAUAAAUGCAAUAAUUCUUUUGGAA